UCCUCUCUCCUUUAGCAAUCUCUCCAAAUUUUUAAUUAAUUCUCUUCCUCCAAAAUCUUCAAGAAUUAGGAUUUCUUGUUCACGUCUUUAUAUUUAUUUGUUUGAUUAGUGAAAAUAAUGAGAGGUUUGAAGAACUUUCAAGUGUGAAAGUUUCUUGAUUUUUCUUCCCUUUGCAAGAUUAAGAGUAACAUCCUUCUUCUUUUUUCAUUCUCACCAUAAAUGACAAAAGGUUUUACUAACAAUUUCAUUAGCAUUGUCGAUAUUCCUGAGAGUCAAGUGAUUUACCAGUCAAUUCUGACGGUUCAGCUUAUCGAUACACGUUCUUCGCCUUCACCAGAACCCAGUAUUAUCACGAAUUUCUCAGCAACCAAGUUCCGUAAAAGAGAUUAUCCCAAAUGGCAACAAUUGUGUCAACUAACGCCAUGCAAGUACAGACAAAUGAAAAGAAUUCAGCUGGAGUGCAAAAUGGCCUCAAGCAGAGAAUUAUCAUCAAGCUUAAAGUCUUUAGAAGCAAAAAAACUGGAGGAUGGUAUUCGGCAUUUCUUUGUUUAGUAAACCAAGGAUUAGCAACACUAGCUUUCUUUGGUGUUGGAGUGAACUUGGUAUUGUUCUUAGUAAGAGUGUUGGGACAAGAUAAUGCAACUGCAGCUAACAAUGUUAGCAAAUGGACUGGAACUGUUUACUUGUGUUCACUUUUGGGAGCUUUUAUCAGUGACUCUUACUGGGGUCGUUUUCUCACUUGUGCCAUCUUUCAGCUUAUUCUCCUCCUGGGACUGGUGAUCAUGUCAGUUACAUCUUGGAUUUUCUUGAUAAAACCUGAAGGAUGUGGAGAUGGAAUAUUGAACUGUGUACCCCCAUCUCCUCUUGGCACUGCAUUAUUUUACUUAGCCAUUUAUUUAGUAGCUCUUGGCUAUGGUGGUCAUCAACCUACAAUUGCAACUUUUGGAUCUGAUCAAUUUGAUGAGGCAAAUCCUAAAGAAAAAAUCUCAAGAGCAGCUUAUUUUGGUUACUUUUACUUUGCACUUAAUGCUGGAUCUUUAAUUUCCAAUACUAUUUUGGUAUAUUAUGAAGAUGGUGGUAAAUGGACUCUUGGUUUUUGGGCUUCUACUGCUGCUGCACUUUUGGGCUUGUUUAUUUUCUUGUUGGGCACUCCUGGUUAUAAGUAUGUUAAAUCUUUUGGUAAUCCUUUGCCACGUGUCGCUCAAGUAUUCGUCGCCGCGGUUCGUAAAUGGCGUGUGGCUAAUGUUGAAGGGGAAGAACUAUAUGAAGUUGAUGGCUCAGAAUCAAGCAUUAAAGGGACUCGGAAGAUCCUCCAUAGUAAUGAUUUCAAGAAACUAGAUAAUGCAGCAAUAGUGACAGAAGAAGAUAGACAAAGACCAGCAUUUAACCCAUGGAGAUUAUGCACAAUCACACAAGUUGAAGAAGCAAAAUGCAUAAUAAGAAUGUGUCCAAUUUGGCUAUGCACAAUAAUGUACUCUGUUAUAUUUACACAAAUGGCCUCUUUAUUUGUUGAACAAGGUGAGGUUAUGGAUGCAACAAUUGGCCAUUUUCGCCUUCCAGCAGCAAGUAUGUCAGCAUUCGACAUAUGUAGUGUGUUAACCUGCACAUUUCUGUAUAGGUUUAUGGUCGUACCAUUAGCUGGGAAAUUAAAUGGUAAUCCAAAAGGAUUAACCGAACUUCAAAGAAUGGGAGUUGGAUUAAUUAUCGGUAUGUUAUCUAUGAUUGCAGCUGGCGUAACAGAAAUUUACAGGCUUAAACACGUAAUCCCUGGAAAAGAAGCAAGUUCACUAAGUAUUUUUUGGCAAAUUCCACAAUAUAUUCUUGUUGGUGCCUCAGAAGUUUUUAUGUAUGUUGGACAACUUGAAUUUUUCAAUGGACAAGCACCAGAUGGAAUUAAAAGUUUAGGGAGUUCACUUUGUAUGGCAUCAAUGUCACUU